UACAAUGUUGUGCAAUAAGUAAGAAGAAAUUACAGAACAAUUUGAGAUGGUUUCCAGAUCUAAAAAUCAUAUUUUGAUCAUCAAUAUUAUAGUUUUAGUAUCCACUGUAGGGAUUUUAAUUCAGUCAGGAUAUACUGAAUAUAUUCCUAAACUAAUCUCAAUACAGAUGAGAUAUCCUGAUCCGGUAAUACCUCAACCUAAACGAUAUCUUAAACAGGAUAGUCAACAAGUUCCAGGGGAUAUUCAAACAAAAGUAAUAAAUUCAGAUGAGUUAAUAUCAAAUGAUGAGCUAAGAGUUAUCAAAAAUGGAAAAGAACCAAUGACAACAAUCCAAAAUAACAUGAAACUGACAACCCUGAAACCAUCCAGUACAAAUGGAAGUCUAGAGACAAAAGCAGAAACAAUACCAUUUAAAGAAAUACCAACACAAUUGCCGCCAAGCACCAUGAUACGUAACAAUGAAAUAACACAGGCUCGCAAGGUAGACUCAGACAAAUAUAUUGUAUUUUUGUGUGGUGAGGGCAAGUUAUGUGGAGGAUUAGGAGACAGGUUGAAAGGAAUACAAAGUACAUUUCUCCUUGCAUUGGUGUUAAAAAGAAAAUUCAGGAUUAUUUCUACAGUGCCAUGUGACUUAUAUAAUCAACUUGGAGAAAACAAUGAGCCAUGGCAUCGACCAAUCACUCCUGGUCUGAAGAACAAAACUAUUAGAAUGAUAGAUAAAUACAAAGCAUGUGGUGAUCUAAUAUUCCAGAAAACAAAUGUAACAAUGAUGAAUAUUGAUGCUAAAUUCCCAGAACCUGUUAUAAAAAUAAGAACUAAUCAAGGAUGGACUCAUAGAUUCCAUGAGGAACCCUAUAAAACAAUUCUAACUAAUCUAGGUUUAGAUAUGUCUAAUUUUACAGCAAAAUAUAUAUUCUCAAAAAUUUAUAAUCACUUAUUCAAACCACAACGAGACGUGUUGACUUUGCUUGACAGAUUCUUAAAUAGGGCCAGGCCAAAGCUUGGAAUCAAACUGGUUUGUGCUCAGAUUAGGAUUGGCUAUAAUCCAUCAAUACCAAGAGAAUCAUCCAGGAAAAGAAGAAACCACGACAAAUGGCUACCUGUUCUUUGGGAUUUCUUAUCAUUAUAUAACGACUCGUCAAAAUACACUAUUUUCAUUACGACUGAUUCUCAAGAAAUACGAGAUCAUUCAAAGAAACUCUUCCCCGAUACUAUCAUAGACACAGAUGGAGAAAUCACCCAUGUUGAUAGGUUUGAUAACAAAGACGAUGCUUGUAAAGGAAUGGAGAAAACAAUCCUAGACUUUACUAUUCUUGCCAAUUGUGACAUCACAGUUGUCAGUAGAAGCAACUUUGGGAAACUUUCCUCGCAGCUUCAGUCCCCGGCAUCCAAGUUGUAUACAUUUGAAGAGGGUGUAAUCCAUGAGGGACCAGAAUGUAGUCCUGUAGGUAAAGCAUUUAACAGGACUACUAAAUUGUUCACAGAUGAUUGCAGCCAAAUAAAUUGUCCUCCAUCAAGAAGUACAAAAUGUGCUGAAUAAAAGGAACAAUGAUGACUUAGGUCUUUGACUCUUAGU